CUCGCACGCGGAUCACACUCACAAUGGCGACGCUCACAACGUCAAGCAAAAGACCGUACCAUAUUAUAGUGUUCGGAGCGACCGGUUUUACCGGCCAGUUUGUAGUGGAGGAGGUUGCGCGGACGUGUAACGAGGGUCCAGGAGGGACGUUUCAAUGGGCUGUAGCCGGACGAAACCGCGACCAACUGGAAAAAACACUCAUUCAGGCAGCUGACGCUCUGUGUAAACCAGAGCUGAAGUGUGUGGAGGUUAUUGUAGCAGAUGUAGCCGAGCCGGAGUCGUUGGCCAUCAUGUGCAAACAAGGAAUCAUUGUGCUCAACUGCGUGGGACCAUACAGAUUCUAUGGAGAGCCCGUGGUGAAGGCCUGCAUAGAGAAUGGGGCCCACUGCAUCGAUAUCUGUGGAGAACCACAGUUUUUAGAGGGGAUACAGCUGAAAUACCACAGUAAAGCUCAGGAGACUGGUGUGUAUAUCAUUGGAAGCUGUGGGUUUGAUUCAAUCCCAGCAGAUAUGGGCAUCUGUUAUACACAGGAUCACUUCAAAGGAACGCUCACUGCUGUGGAGAGCUUCUUAACCAUCAACACGGGACCUGAGGGAGGAUGUGGCCAUGAUGCGACGUGGCAGUCAGCCAUCUUUGGCUUUGCUGACAGUGCCAGUCUCAGAAGAAUAAGGAGGAAGUUUGGGCAUAAACCUCUGCCAGCUGUUGGCGCUAGAAUUAAAAAGAGGGGAGCUCUGUUCUUCAAUAAGGAGAUUGAGCAGUAUGUCAUUCCCUUCAUGGGCUCAGAUCCGUCUGUGGUGCGACGGACUCAGCGCUAUAUGCAUGAGGAACAUAAACACAGCCCUGUUCAGUAUAUGGCAUAUGUAGGUAUUGGUGGUCUCUUCUCCGUGCUGAAGACCCUUUUUGCAGGUGUCGUCUUCUGGUUCAUGGUCAAAUUUAGUCUUGGCAGGGGAUUGCUUACUGAGUUUCCAGAAUUUUUCUCAUUUGGUUUGUUCUCCAAGACUGGACCAACAAGAAAGCAGAUGGAUGGAACCUCUUUCUGCCUAAAGUUCAUGGGGGAGGGCUACACGAAUGGUCAGGACCCCUCUCAGGGCAAACCAAAUGCCACAAUCAGCACUGAAAUAACAGGACCAGAGCCAGGAUACAUCGCAACACCGAUUACCAUGGUGCAGGCAGCUAUUACACUGCUUAACGAACCUCACUGUCUCCCUAAUAAGGGUGGUGUGUACACUCCAGGGUCAGCGUUUGCAAGAACCACCCUAAUCGACUGUCUGAACAAACACGGAAUCCAGUUCUCACUGAAGAAGGGACAAUAGACGAGUACUCUGUCAGAUUCAAUCAGCCUAGUUGAUCUCAUUUGUUAUAGAAAUAAAAAAAAAAUGCAUUGAGUUGUAUAGCAAAAAAAAUAGUUGUAUGUCUGUACUUUGUGAUUCAUUAACCCUCAAGCAUCCUUCAGGACAAAUUUGGGCAAAAUAAUUAUUAUAAAAAAAAAAAAAUAGUUUCCUUAAUCUGAGCGGUACAAGACUUGACUACUUCUCCUAAGUUUGCCAGCUAAACACACAUACAAAAAAAUCGACUUGGUUCAGCAAAGUUAAGUGGUUGAAAGAAAAAAAACCCCGAUAUAAUUUGUCCUCAGUGGGCACCCAUAGGAAAUGAAUGGGAAAUACUAUAAUUCAGAGCAUUUUUAAUUUGUCUAAUAAAAAUCAAUAUAUCCAACACAAUGCAGAUCAUACAUACACAUAAAUGAAGGGGUGAGCCUAUACAACAUUCUCAAUGUGACAAACACACACACCCAUAUACAAAGCAUUGAAUGAGCAUAUAACACAGCUUUGUUAGAAAUAAAUGACUACUUUUUCUCUUAAUUUGUCUUUCCCUUAUCAUGGUCAGAUUUGUCUUUAAGCAUAUUUUGGCAUCUUUGUAUAGUCUCGCCCAACACAACUGUUUUUUUUUAUUCUACAAUUUUAACUUGUGAUAAAAUCUAAAACUUAAGAGGUUAAGUUUGUUAGUACUUAAACAAUAAACAGUAAACAGUGGUUUAUAGAUUUCAGCAUAUAUUCAGCUAUUAAGUACUACAGCCAUAUAGUGGCUAUUGAUAUUUUUGAUAUUUUGAUGGCAUCAUAUCUCACCAGAUUUCACCAAAGUUGCCAAAUCUUUAGGUUUUGGCUGUCUGAACUUACUAGAAUAUAUUUUUUACUUAAGUAAAAUAAAUAUUAAAUAUAACAUAAAAAUAAGCAUAUUUUACAUAGAAAUAUGGUACUUUUGGAGGUAAAUAAAUUCAAAAAUCACAGAAAAUUGCAUAAAUGUAUAGUUUUUAUUGA